UAAAUAUGGCGGACGUUUGUGUAGGUUCAUAGUUAAUUUUAGUGAUUUUUGGUAAAAUUUCAAGAUGCCGUCGUUUGGCCAGAUUGUCAUUGGGCCUCCGGGCUCUGGAAAAAGUACAUUUUGUGCUGGGAUGAGUGAAUUUUUAACAAACUUGGGUCGAAAAGUGGCUGUUGUAAAUCUUGAUCCUGCAAACGAUUCGCUGAGUUACAAAUGUGCCGUAGACAUUUCCACGCUUAUCACUCUUGAUGAUGUGAUGGAGAAUCUUAAGCUUGGUCCAAAUGGUGGGCUUAUAUACUGCAUCGAGUAUCUCGAAAAGAAUCUUGACUGGCUGGAGAGAAAGCUGAAAGAUCUGAAAGGGCAUUACUUCUUGUUUGACUGCCCUGGUCAAGUUGAACUGUACACUCAUCACACAUCUGUGAGGAAUGUGGUCAGGCAGCUUGAAAAGUGGGACUUCAGACUUGCUGCAGUCCAUCUUGUUGAUUCACAUCAUUGCAGUGAUCCAACAAAGUUUAUUUCUGUUCUUCUCACAUCCUUGUCAACCAUGAUUCAUGUUGAGCUCCCUCAUGUUAAUGUCCUUUCCAAGAUUGAUCUGGUAGAACAAUAUGGAAAGUUAGCAUUCAAUUUAGACUUUUACACGGAUGUUUUGGAUCUGAAUUUUCUCCUGGAUCACAUCAAAGAUGAUCCAUUUACUCGAAAGUACAAAAAGCUGAAUGAAGCAUUAGUGGGUUUAGUUGAGGACUAUGGCCUGGUGUCUUUUAAAACACUGGAUAUACAGUCAAAGGAGAGUAUGUAUCAGGUGACCAAAUCUAUUGACCAGGCUAAUGGUUUUGCUUUUGGUGAACUUGAGGAUGACAGAGGGAAUUUCAGUAACCUAAUGUCUUCAGCUGUAGGAACAGAUUUUGAAUUUUUUAGGACGGCAGCAAUUCAAGAGAAGUAUAUGAAAGAUGAGGAUGAAAACUCCUAGAAAAAUAAUGGCUCAGUAGUGUUCAUUAAGGACAAGAAAAUAUCCUGCUUUGGAGAGAAGGCAUUA